AGUCCAUUUCGGGAGUCGAGCCGGUCAUUCUCUGACGUGCCCGGAACAUGCAUUUUGGCGCAAAGCAGAUGUGGAAUUCAUUCGCGUUUUAUUAACAGAUUGUUUAGGCUAUUUGUUGUUGUUGUGAGUUUUCCCCCACCAAGUCCUUUUCUUGCAACAAAAGAGACAGUCUACAAGAUCCUUACAAUUUAAAAAACUACAAAAUGGCACUUCAGAAUAAAAUCCUUCAAUUGAGCUGCAGGAGUGUUUUGGGAGAAAUGCUCAAUAAGAGGUUUGUAAGUAAUUCUCCCGCGCUGCUCAAAUCUGCAACCAGCGAGUCGCUCCGGAUCUCUGCGACCCGAGAAGAGACUUUCCCGGACGGUUUGAUCACACCGGGGGCCAGGGUGGAGGUGGUCGCUAAGGAGACCCGGAUCAAGAGUCUGAAAGAGAUGCCGGGACCCAGCGCCAUCAGCAACCUGAUCGAGUUCUUUUACCGGGACGGUUUCAGUAGAAUCCACGAAAUUCAGAUGGAACACUCUCAGAAGUAUGGGAAGAUUUUUAAGUCUCGUUUCGGCCCCCAGCUGGUCGUGUCCAUCGCAGGGCGGGAUCUGGUUGCCGAGGUGCUGAGGACGGAGGGUGUGGCCCCGCAGAGAGGCAACAUGGAGUCUUGGAAGGAGUACCGCGACCUGAGGGGCCGAUCUACCGGACUUAUCUCGGCGGAGGGUGAGGACUGGUUGAAGAUGCGUAGCAUCCUCCGUCAGCUGAUCAUGAGACCGAAGGACGUGGCUCAGUUCUCUGACGAUGUGAAUGCUGUGGUGGAUGACCUGGUGAAGAGGGUGGAGACGCUGAGGAGCCAGCAGACAGACGGACUCACUGUACUCAAUAUUAACGAUCUGUUUUUCAAAUACGCAAUGGAAGGUAUGGCAGCCAUCUUGUACGAGGACCGUCUGGGCUGCUUGGAGAAUGAGAUUCCUCAGAAGAGCCAGGACUACAUCGCAGCCCUGCACCUGAUGUUUAGUUCCUUUAAAAUGACCAUGUACGCCGGGGCCAUCCCCAAGUGGCUCAGAACCAUCAUCCCCAGGCCCUGGGAGGAGUUCUGCAGCUCCUGGGACGGACUCUUCAGCUUCAGCCAGAUCCAUGUGGAUAAGCGUCUGGGGGAGAUCCAGGAUCUGGUGUCCCGAGGAGAGACGGUGAAGGGGGGGCUUUUAACUCACAUGCUGGUGACCCGAGAGAUGAACCUGGAGGAGAUCUACGCUAACAUGACUGAGAUGUUACUGGCUGGGGUGGACACG